AUGACAUCAAGUCAAAUCAUGUAUCUUCUUUUUCUUAUUAUUUUGCUUCAUGAUGAAAAAGUAAUCGGUACUUUUUCUCCUGAUACAAGUGAUUACGAUGCUUAUGGUUCUAAGAUAGCUGCUAAUGAUGUUCUUUUUGUUCAAGCAUAUGGUGUUGGAAAAACAUUUCUUGUUCAAUUUGCUCCAUAUAAUUAUACAUUUGAUUCACUUCAAUGUUCCAUAAAUUAUGAUGAUACAACACAUUAUGUUUAUUCAGUAGGUAUAGGACAAAAACAAAAUACAACUCUCAAUCCUUACUUUUAUUUUUCUGGUGAAAUCGUAUCUAAUGAUUGGUCAGGUACUGAUACAUCAGGAAAGAAUGGAACAUUUAUCGGUAUUUGGAUAAAUCAAGAUUCAAAAACAGUGCAACAAUAUAUAUUAGGAAGACAAUCUUUAUCUUGUGAUUAUUUUAAAGUAAAUCAUCUUGAAUUUAUUUCAUCAUAUGAACAUCAAGAAUUUUUUGUUAUUGCUGUUGAACCUUAUGGACAAUAUGUAAUAGGAUUAGCAACAGAUUUUGGCUUUAUUUAUCGACCUUUUUCAAACAUCACGAUGACUACAAAAGUGGGUAAUGAUAUUUGGCCAAACAACUCGACAUUUUAUCCAUGUGCAGCUGAUGCAAGUGAAACAUUUACAGUUGUUGCAGGUUUUGUUGAAAAUUCAGCAAGAUCUCGUGUACGUGCAACACCUACUGUUUAUUUAAUAUGGAAUACUAACCUUACCAUCUUAUCAACAUGGUCUUAUAGUGCUACUAAUAAUUCUUGGCAAUCACGUUUGACAUAUUCAAGUGUUAAUUCAUGGAGUAGUCAAUAUACCAUGUCAGUCAAAAUUAAUUCUGAUGAUUCAACUCGAGUACUUGUCGGCAUGCCUUUCUUAAAUACAGUUUUUCUAUUUAUUGUUGGUAAUCAUGGUGAAAGCUUGAUCUUAGCUAGUUCUUUCGAAAACGGUCAAGCAGUUGGUUAUGGUAAAAGUGUAACUUGGUUGACAAAUUCACAAGCAGCUAUUCUUGUUUCAACAUAUUCACUUAAUUAUCUAACAUGGUAUUCAUCAAAAAUUUAUUUAUAUACAUCAUUAAAUGAUACAAUUGUACCUUCAUCACCAUCAGCUGUCUUUCCUAAUGCUCAACAACCAUUACCAUCAACUAUCAAUUCAAAACUAAUUCGAAUUGUAUCAACACCAGCAUCUCUUGCAAUACUCGAUAACAACGGUGGUGUUGUUCUCAUAUUAGCUGAAACAUCAGGUUAUUAUGCAUCAACAGAUAUAAGUAACUCACCAGUAGCUGCUGCAAUGCCUGUUGUUAGUCAUUCAAUCAAAUGUAUUGGAGGUACUUAUAAAUCAGAUACUGGUGUUCAUCCUUGCAUAUUAUGUCCAAGUGGAUCAAGAAAUCUCGGUAUUGUUGCUAGUAUAUCAUGUAUGACAUGUUCAUUAACAAGUUUUUGUCCAUUGGGAGCUGUCUAUGAAAUUAAUUCAACUUUACUUAUUUCUAUAUCACAAGCAUAUGCAUAUCCUCGUUCACCUGAUAUGGAUGUAUUUGAAGAUAUUCUUCUUAAUAAUAUGUUUUCAUUAGGUUCAACAGGUCAUUGUCUAGUAGUUUCACCAAUUUUCUGGACAUUGAUACUUUUGACUAUUUUUUUUAUUUUAUUUCUUGGCAUUGCUUUACUCUAUUGGUCGUUUCCACCAGAAAAACGUGAUCAAUUAUUGACUAUUAUUAAGAAUAUUUUCCAAAGAACAGAUCUUGUUGGUGAAGGUGAACUAUGGAUUGGUGGACUUGCAUCAAUAGCUAUUGUAUUAAUAACAGCUAUGGCUUAUGCUUUUGCUAUAUCAUAUUUAAAUCAAUAUCCAUCAGAAAAAGUAGGAUCAUCAACAUUUGCAUGUGAUACAACUAUUCGAAAUGCUAAAUUUCAAUCGAAUCUUCAAGCAUUAGCUGUUCC